AUGGCAGGUCCUGCAGUGCAGAAGCCGGGCGUCUUGAUGCUUGGCGUCGUCCACCACGCAAAAGCCGAGUUCGGGAAGCUCUCGGAAGUCGCGCAUGUUCAGCAAGUCACCUCCGGUAGCCGGGAGGAGUUUAUCCGCGACUGCGACAGCGGCAAGUAUGACAGUCUUGUUGCAAUCUCGCGAACCUACGACUCCGUCGAGAUAACGGGACGAUUCGACGCCGAGCUCGUUUCCCACCUUCCGUCCUCUCUGAGAUUCAUCUCGCACAAUGGCGCUGGCUACGACCAAAUCGACAUCCAGCCCUGCACCGACAAGAAUAUUUCCGUCUCCAACACCCCCAAGGCCGUCGACGCCGCCACUGCAAACACGGCCAUCUUCCUCAUGCUCGGUGCUCUGCGUCGUGCAUGGAUCCCCCAGCAAGCCCUUCGCGAGGGCAAGUGGCGAGGCGCCAGCCCCCUCGGCCGUGAUCCUCACCACUUGACCCUGGGCAUUCUGGGAAUGGGCGGCAUCGGUACUGCCACGGCACGGCGGGCCGCGGCUCUCGGGUUCAAGCUGCAGUAUCACAACAGGAAGCCCGUCGCUGACAUUGAGAAGCAAUUCGCACCCGGCCAAGUCCCCAGCUACGUCGGCUUCGAGGAGCUGCUCAAGACCAGCGACGUCAUCUCCGUGCAUUUGCCGCUGGGCCCUGCCACGCGGGGACUGAUCGGAUCCCAAGAACUGGGCCGGAUGAAGGACGGGGUCAUCAUCGUAAACACCGCCAGGGGGGCCAUUAUUGACGAGCAAGCCCUCGCCGAAAGCCUCGAGUCCGGCAAGGUCUGGAGUGUCGGCUUGGACGUCUAUGACAAGGAGCCGGAGAUCAAUCCCGGGUUGACCAAGCACCCCGGUGCCUUCUUGCUACCCCAUAUCGGCACUGCCACCGUUGAUACGCAGAAGGAAAUGGAGAUGCUCGUUAUUGACAAUGUGAAGAGUGCGGUGACACGGGGAAAGCUUCUGACACAGGUGCCGGAGCAGAAACCCAUUACGUCCAAGGCGUAA